GGUGCUGUGUCCCCUUGUGAGGUUUGGUCUGGUUUGCAGCUUGAUGGCUCCUAUCUCGAGUAAUUAACAGGGAAAAGAGAGGGCCUGGUUAUCCAUCCUUCAAGAGCAAGGGGUUGAAUUGAAAGGCAGCGCCUUGGAAGUGGAUCAAAUAGCUCUCCAGCCCCCCGCGUACGGCUCGGAAACUUGCUGCCGUGCUGCGUUAUCAAGGUGAACAGCUUUAGUUCAAUUAACGAGAGGCUCAGAGCGGAGUCGUGGGAGGAGGCAGGGCUGGGCGUUUGCUCCCUUCGGGCAGCAGCCGGGGGCACGGCACGGCACGGCACGGGUGGCCCGGUGUGCCAGGUCCCUUGGCGAGGGGACCAGCUCCCCCUCCUCGCCUCUGCGACGGGUUUUAUUUAUCCCUUGGAAAAAAAAUAAAAAAAAAAUCGGUGCGUGUGGAAGGGUUGCUCUUUGUUAGCACCUCCCUUUCCCCCUCCUGCUAAUAAUAAACCUCCCCAAAAUCAAUCGCUCCCAGCGAUGAGUUGCCACCGGCUCACCGUGCACCUAAAUCCCCGCAGAUGAUGGUGCUGGGAGCCCGUGCGCCUGGAUUUUUCCUGCCGGUCGCUGCCUGGGCUGCAGCUGGCUCCGGCACGCAGAAAGCUGCAGGAUCUAAUCUGGCUACUGUGCUCUGGAAGAGGAGGAGAGCGAGCCAGCAGGAGAGAGAGGAGAGAGCGAGGACCAUCGCAGAUAACGAGCCCGCGCCAUGCAGUCCUUUCGAGAAAGGUGUGGUUUCCAUGGCAACCAGCAGAGCUACCAGCCGACUUCACAAGAUACAUCACGCCUGGAGAAUUACAGGCAUCAAAGUCAGGCAGGGCCGAACUGCGAGCGGCAGAGGCUGGUGGCGAAGGAGUACUACAGUCAGCAGCAGCUGCCGUACGCGGGCUAUGAGAACAGCGCCGUGGAGAAAUACCACCGGGGAAACAAGCAAUUAGCGGGGCAGCAGCUGCAGGGCAGGCCGGCCUUUUCCAAUUACACCGUGCAGGAGAACAGCCCUUAUCCGGCCCGGUAUUCCGGGGACGAGAGCCUGCAGGCGUGGGGAGGCCAGCCACAGGCACUGCCCGGCGGCGUGGCCAAGUAUGAGGACAACCUGAUGAAGAAGACGGUGGCGUUGGCGGGUGGGCGGCCGUACCACGAGCCGGCGGCCACCUCGCUGCCCUUCCGGACUCACUUCCAGCAGCAGCCGCAGCAGCAGCAGCAGCAACAGCAGCAGCAGCAGCCACCCGCGCUCCCCUACCCCAAGCUGCAGCGGCAGAAACUGCCCAACGAUGUCUCCUCACCCAUGCCCUUCUCACAGAGCCCUCACUUCGGGCAGCACUCCCAGUCCUUCCCUGCCUCCUCCACCUACUCCUCGGUGCCGGGGGGCAGCCAGCCGGCACACUCCUACAAGAGCUGCACGGCGCCCUCGGGGCAGCCACCGCUGGAGCGGCCCCUGGGUAGCGCUGCCAGCCUGGCCCCUGGCCCCCGUGUGCCCAACCUGCACGGCUACCAGCCCAACCGCAUCGGCUACGAGCAGCCCCCACAGCCGCCGCCACAGCCCCCGCAGCCACCACCGCCACAGCCCCCGCAGCCGCCGCAGCCCCCGCAGCCCCCGCAGCCCAUGCAGGGGCGGCAUCACGCCUCGGAGAGCCUCCACUACCAAAACCUGGCCAAGUACCAACAUUACAACCAGCCAGGCCAGACCUACUGCCAGGGCGACGCGCCGCCCGUCCGGACGCCGGAGCAGUACUACCAGACCUUCAGCCCCAGCGCCAGCCACUCGCCGGCUCGCUCCGUCGGCAGGUCCCCGUCCUACAGCUCCACUCCCUCCCCUCUGAUGCCCAACCUGGAGAAUUUCCAAUACAGCCAGCAGCCCCUGAGUGCUGGUGCCUUCCCGGCCGGCAUUGCUGACCACAGCCAUUUCAUGCCGCUGCUGAACCCUUCUCCCACUGAUGGGACGAGCCCCGACACUCAAUCUGGGAACUGCAAAAACUUGCAGAAGGAGAAGCUGCCUGAAAACCUGCUGUCAGACCUGAGCCUGCAGAGCCUGACGGCACUCACCUCCCAGGUGGAGAAUAUCUCCAACACUGUCCAGCAGCUGCUGCUCUCCAAAGCGGCUGUGCCCCAGAAAAAGGGCAUCAAGACCCCAGCGAGGACCCCCGAGCAGCUCAAGGGGCAGCACUGCAGUCCUGAGAGCAGCACCUACUCGGCAGAGCAGGUGGGGACCCCCCUGUCCGACCCUCUGAGCACCCCCCAGUCUGUCCACGCUGAGACACAGGACACUGACUAUCUCAGCGGGUCAGAGGACCAGCUGGAGAGGAGUUUCCUGUACUGCAACCAGAACCGGAGCCCUGCCCGAGUCAACAGCAACUCCAAGGCAAAGCCUGAGUCGGUGUCCACCUGCUCUGUGACCUCCCCAGAUGACAUGUCCACCAAAUCAGAUGACUCUUUCCAGAGUAUCCACGCCACCCUGCCCCUGGAGACCUUCACCAAGUAUGUGAGCAACGAACGGGACUGCCCCCGCCUGCUCCUCAGCGCCCUGUCCCAGGAGGAGCUGGCUUCUGAGAUCAUCGUCCUGCAGGAUGCCAUCAGUGAGAAGGCAGACAAAGCCUGGGCCAACUUGCCCAUGCUGGGCAAGGAGACCACCAAGUCCCCCUUCCAGAUGGAGAACCACCGGCCCAGCCUGGACUCCAUGGUGAAAGGUGCCUGGCCCAGCCAGGGUGACUCCAGCACGCUCACCGAGCCACUCAAGCUGGACAAAGCUUCAGGGGCCAGCACAGGGAAGGACUUUAGUGAGGAGGUGUACGAGGGUCCCCAGGUGGAGUUCACAGCCACCGAAAGCAAGGAUGUGCUGAAGGACACUGCCCCAUUGGCCUUCAACUCCAAGCCCAGCAUCCCGGCAGCGACGUCAAGCGCGGGAGCCACCGGCUACAGCUGCUACUCAAACACCACCGCCAACUCGGUGGCGUCUGAGAAUGCCAUGGAGCAUUUCGAGUGGCCGGAGGAGAGCCUGGGUGAGGCCUGCCUGCGGUGGAAGGAUCUCCAGGCCACCGACCUCCCCAAGGGCUUGUUCCCCAGCAAACUGGUGAGCUCCUGCAAGGAGAAAAAAAACGCCUGUGGCUUGGACCUGUGCGAUGGAGAGCAGCCAGCCAAGAGUGAGCCGGUCCAGGACUUUGGCCAGCAGGUGAUGGAGGAGGAGGAGGAGACACUGACCUAUGAUGAAGCAACAAAGGCAGACAGCGAGAGAUGGCUGCAGGACACCCGGCACUGCUGCUCAGCUGGGGACUUUAGUGAGAUCCCCAUCAUCUCCUCGCCGGAUCUGAAGGAGUCAGACCUGGAGGCAGAGGAGUACUCCUCUCUCUGUGAGCUGGCUGGCUCGGAGCAGAAGUCGGUGACGUACGAUGCCUCACCACCCAAGCCCCCGGAGAUGCCGGCCGUGCUGUCCUCCAGCGAGGUGCCUGUGUCUGCCGAGGAGACCGUCAGCACAGUGGAGAAGGAGAGCUCAGCUCCCACCCCACGCCUCUCUGGCCAGUCUGUCAUCCUGCUGGGCCCUGCUGUGGGCACAGAGACCAAGGUGAAAAGCUGGUUCAAAUCCUCCCUGCCCCACAUCCAGCCUGAGGAGGAGAACGGUGGAGGGGAGACGUCCCACCUGGAGGCAGCCGAUGCUGAAUCCGCCUCGUCGGUUGUGGUGAAGCAACAACUCACACCCGAAAAUGUGCUGGGGAAGAUGGAGCCUGUCUCACGGGGCAAGAGCCUCCGCAACAAAAGGGUCCACUGCCGGCUGCCGGAGGGGGAUGGCCCUGGCAGCACCGUGCUGAGUCCCUUCGAUGAGCUGCCAGCAGCCAGCAGCGUGGCCGGCGCCUGCCUGGGGCCAGACGGACAGACGGAGGUACCGAGCAAGAGCGCCCAGAGCCAAACACCCCGGUUUCCAGCCGAGGGGCUGCCAGCACGCAUGUGCACCCGCUCCUUCACCGCCCUGGCCGAGCCCCGCGCCCCUGCCCCGCUGGAGGGACUGAAGGCCCCCGCGCACCAGGAGAAGCUGGGGAAGAAGCCCGGCUGCGGCGUGAAGCAGCGAGUGGCUUUCAAAACCAGGAAGCGCAACAGCCGGCCAGCCCCCAGGGUGGUCCAAAACGCCAGCGAUGCCACCCUCCUGGUGCCCGGCUUGGUGGCGGCGGAGGAGGUGGCAGGGCCGACACCGCUGGAGGGGGACGCGGUGGAAGCCGGGGAGAGGGACCAGCGGUCCAUGAUCCUGCGCUCCCGCACGAAGACACAGGAGGUUUUCUACACCAAGAGGCAGAGGGGCAAGCGGGCAGCUGACGUCCGGCUGAAGAACUGCAAGGCGCCCAAAAAGCUCAUAUCUAACAACCACCUCCCACCUGCCUUCAAGCUGCCAGCACCAGGCAGCCCCCACAAGGAGGGCAAGGUGGGUGCCCGGAUGAAGCUGCCCAAAGCGGGGCCGGGCGUGGGGGGCAAGGUGUCGGAGCGGCCGCUGCACUCACUGAAGAGGAAGUCCACCUUCAUCUCCCCCAUCCCCACCAAGAAGAGGAACCUGGUCCUGCGGAGCAACAGCGGUGGCGUGAAGGAGGAGAAGCCAGAGGGUCCCCCCAGCCUCUUCAAAAAAAUGCCGGUGGCCAAGAAGGUGAAAGCCAAGCUGCCUCCUAAGAGCUCUGGCGAAGCCAUCCCGAAGCCCCCCCUGCCAAAGGAGGCCCCUGAUGUCUGCAUCAAGAUCACCUCCCGGGCGGCCUUCCAGGAGGCCACCAAGACCAAAGUGCUGCCUCCCCGCAAGGGCCGCGGCCUCAAGCUGGAGGCCAUCGUCCAGAAGAUCACCUCACCCAACCUGAAGAAGUUCACCUGCAAACCAGCGGCCACAGCAGUGGCAGCCACAGUAGCUGCCUACGGCUCCUCCCUGAGCCCAGCUGGCGCGGAGCGGGAGCGGGUGGUGAAGCACAGUGGGGUGGCGGUGGCGGUGGGCGACGCAAGGCUGCCCAAGCUAGGGGCAGCGCAGAAGGUGCCCUCGAUGCCCGUGGCUGAGCCGCUCUGCCGGAACCCCAAUGGCCGAGCACCGAAGGGAAAGCCGGGUGGUGGGAAGAAGCUGCCCCACGACAGCUGCCAGGGGGAGGCUUGUGGGUCGACGCCGGGGACCCAGUCCAGCCCCAACAUGGUGGCCAAGAACCUGGGGCUCCUCCCCAAGAAGAGGAACCGCAAGGGCAAAGCAGCAGCGCUGGGCAUGGCCAAGGCGCCCCUGAGCCCUGCACUGCCACCAGCACUGCCCCGGGAGCGUGUAGCCGGCCCGGGUGGUGCGGAGGAGGCGCCUCGGGAGAAGAAACCAAAGACUGAGGAGAAGGAGGCGGGGAGCAGCGACGGCCCUGCCGAGGGGCGCUCCGCCGCCGGGCCGGCGCGGGGGCCGAAGCCGCGGGCCAACCACUCCAACUACAACGGCUACUCCAAGCGGCAGCGGAAGCGUCUGGGCCACGGCAAGGCCAAGGCGGUGCCGGCGCGGUGCAAGAGCCGCGGGAAGCGGCGGCGGCAGCCCCAGCAGGCCCCGCUGCUGCACCCCGCCGAGCCCGAGAUCCGGCUCAAGUACAUCUCCUGCAAGCGGCUGCGGGCGGACAGCCGCGCCCCGCCCUUCGCUCCCUACGUGCGCGUGGAGCGGCGCGGAGAGUUCUCCACCACCUGCACCGUCGUCAACUCGCCCGGCGACGAGGCGCGGCUGCAGCGGGGACCGGCCGGGCCGGCGCCGCGGCCGCGGGCGGCCCUGCCCGCCUCCUCCACCAUGCACAUGGGGCCCGUGGUGUCGAAGGCGCUGAGCGCCGCGUGCCUGGUCUGCUGCCUCUGCCGCAACCCCGCCAACUACAAGGACCUGGGGGACCUCUGCGGGCCCUACUACCCCGAGGACUGCCUGCCCAAGAAGAAAUCCCGGCUGAAGGAGAAGGCGCGGGCGGAGGGGCCGGGCGAGGACUCCGCCGUGCCCGCCGCGGCCGAGCGGGCGGCCCGCGGGACUGAGGGCGGCUGCGGCGGCAAGGCGGCGCGGCCGGAGGGCGCCGCCGAGGCGGGCAAGCAGAGCUCGCUGCGCUCCAGCCCGCGGGGCAUGUUCCGUCGGCUGCAGAGCUGCUACUGCUGUGACGAGAGGACAGAGGGCGAGGAGGCGGCCGAAAAGCCCCGGCGGCACGAAUGUCACAAGGCCGAGUCGCCGCCGCAGGAGCCGGCGGGCGACACGCAGGAGCACUGGCUGCACGAGGCCUGUGCCGUAUGGACCGCUGGGGUUUUCCUGGUGGCGGGGAAGCUCUAUGGGCUGCAGGAGGCUGUCAAGGCGGCUGCCGACCUGAGGUGCUCGAGCUGCCAGCAAGCAGGAGCCACCGUGGGCUGCUGCCAGAAGGGGUGUCCCCACACCUACCACUACGCGUGUGCCAUCGACACAGGCUGCUUAUUAACUGAGGAGAGCUUCUCUCUGAGAUGUCCCAAACAUAAGAGGCAGCCGGUGUAGCGCCCGCGGGCACCCGCCCCGCCAGCGAGGGACCGGCAGAGGAGGCAGCGCCUGGAGCAGAGCGGGGCCGGGCCGGGCCCUACCGGGGACCCCCCGAGGCCGGGAUGACCCCCGGGACCCCCCGAGCCCGCUCCGGGCGGGCGGAGCCAGCGCCGGGUUUUGCCUGCCGCCGGGUCCCGGUAAAACCCGGUCUGGAUACGCGGGGGACGGAUCGGGAUCCCCCACCCGCGAUGGCUGCACAGGGGGGCGGGGGGUGUCCGUGUACGAGGGGGGGUCCCGGCGAUGUUGUCUUACUGUGGGGCCGCCGGACCCUCCGUGGGUCCCGGCUCUCAAUAUCACACUGAUCUGAUCUGAGAUGUUGCCUUCAGCAAACCUCAUGGUGUCUGUAUAUAGUUCAGCGAAGAAGAGGAUUAAAAAAAAACAAAAAAAGGACAAAAAAAAACCAAAAAAAAAAGAGAAAAAUGAGAAAAAUGAGAAAAAAAAAAAAGGGCAAACAACGGCCUGCUGUUUGAAACACCACUCUGCUUUUUCUGUUAUGUUCUUCCAUCUCCUGUUUGCCCCCACCCACACCCAGGGUGCUGGGGGAAUAAGGGUGCUUGGCCAGGCUGGUGGGCACCCACCAGGCUGCCCCAGCCCCGCUUCCAAACCCCCAACCCUGCCUCAUUGCACCCCCACCCUCCCACUCCAUGCGGCGCUGGCACUGCUGGGCUGGGGACCCCUGGUCCUGCUGUCCAGGACCCCCCAAAACCCACCCUGCUGCCUGUGCUUGGCCUCACCAGCACCCCUUCUGUGGCUCCUCUCGCGGGGGCUUUGCUCCCUGUGCUUGUGCUGAACCCCACAGCUCUGCGUGCUGAACUGGAGGAGGAGGAGGAGGCAUUUGCUUCCUCCCUCCACAUGGGCCUGGCUCACCCCUCACUGCCCUGAGUUUGCUCAACUCUUUUGCUUCCUGGCCACCUCAGUGGAGCUGGUGGGGGGCUUCCCAACACUUUGGUGACCCCUGCCCACGUCCCCAGGCUCCACAGCCCAUCUUUGUGUCACCCUGACACAGGUAGCAACCAGCCCAGGGUGAACCAACUCCAGAUCUCAUCCUAAAAGCAGCCACUGGCUGUCCCCCAACCUCUGCAGCAUCCUGCAAAGGGGGGCACACUGCUGCUCCCAUCCGUGUCCCCCGCAGAGCCAGCGCCCCGUGUCCCCACACCUCUUGUGUCCCCUCCAUCCCACCCACCCCAAGGUUUGCUGGCCACACAAUGUCUGUUGUUUCAGCAGCUGCCUCGGACACAGGAGUGAAAAACAAAAAGAGGAGGCGAGGAAAAAAAAAAUUAAAAAGGGAGAAAUAAUAAUAAUAAUAAUAAAAUUAAUUUAAAGAAGAAAAAAAAACCAACUCCCGUGUCCUUGGCAGUGUUGCCUGAAAUCUGGCUAUUUUUAGUGACAUCUUGUACAUAUGACUGUAAAAUGGUAAACCGUGUGUAUUAUAUAUUGCCUCAUUAUAUAGUGUAUAUAUAUGUAUACAUAUACAUAUAUAUAAUAUAUAUGAAGACUGUAAAUGUUAAGACUAGUGUUCUUAUUAGUAUAUUGCUUCACACUGAAGAUUGUGUGUAACAAGCUGUUUCUAAAAGAUGUUUAUUUUCCUUAAGAGUAAAAAAACAGGUCAUUGCAUUCAGAGCGUCAAUAAAGAUACAACGAUUGUUUUGGAA